UUGAAGAGUGUACAUCGUGAGAACUGAAAAAAAAGAAAGAAAUAUUUAAAUAUAGAACAUCUGAUCCAGUUAUUUGUUUAUUUUUGACUUUGAGCUCGCAACAGAGAUUUUGCGUGACGAGAAAUAUUUAUAGAAAUAGUAAACAGGAGCAAAAAAGAGACAUUUUUAUCUCGAAUUGGAUCAAAUCAAAGCGCAGCAAGCCAUUUGAAUGAAUAAUAAACUCUUUAAAGGCAAUUUCCAAAUAGUACCAAACGAAUCGAGACGACGUAGUAUAUCAAUACAGCAGAGACAAAAUGCCAAUUCGCUCACUUACCAUCGACAAUUUGCCGUGCGAGCUGAUGCUGAAUAUCUUUGAAUAUCUCUCCGUGGAAGACAGAAAGGCAUCCGCGCUCACAAGCAUCUCGUGGUUCGAGACAAUCAAUCAUCUCAACUACCUGUUGAACGACAAUGCGCUCGUUUUCGAUGAAAAUUCGGUGAUUUCCGAGAAUUCUGACGUCGUAAAGUCACUGUUGCUGCGUUACAAGAAGAUCCGCGCCGCAAAAUUGACGAAUCAAGUGCAAUUUGUGCCGGGCUGUGAUGUUUUUUGGCAAUCCCUGGGUCAAACACUGACUGAAAUCGAGUUUUUUCAUUGUGAAUUCCUCACGACGGAGGGUUUGGCGGAGAUUUUACGGCAUUUGACAAAGUUGAAGGUGUUGAAAUUGUAUGCCCCAUUGUUCAGAAGAUGGAAACUUUUUACAAAAUCCAAGUUUUUGGUCAACGAUGCCAAUCGGGAGGCCUUAAAAGAAACGUUAGAAGGCAUAACUCACCUAACAUUAUGCGAUUCGCGUAUAAAUGACGCCCAUUUCUCGAAUUUAUUGCAAAACUUACCGAAUCUCGUGUCUUUUGAUGCCACAAGUUUGUAUUUCCGUCACGAUACGGAACUUCCAUCGCAGUUAUCGAGUCACGCGUUACUCACGUGGCUCGCGGAAGCGUCAAAUUUAAAGGAUUUACGGCUGAAAAACGUCGAUGACGACUUGCUGGAUGGGAUUUCGUCAUGUCACGAGCUCAAUUUGAAGUCUUGCUCCUUGCAUCUCGACCAAAUUCGUGUCGAAACCUUAGAUUCGUUCAUUCAGCGAUUUCACGAGAUGGAACAACUCAAUUGCGACUUGUCAAGUUGUCCUCGUCCUGAAAAUUUAUUACUUUAUCUGCAAAAUGUGACGUGCCUGAAUGAACUGAAACUCGGAAUUGGAUCAACUACGUCAAAUUUCACGACAUUCAGCAAGUUUCGGAACCUGAAAAAGCUCUCGAUGCACUUGGCACCUACUUCAUUGCCCUCGGAUGGCAACGAGUUCACUAUCAAAUCCGGGCAAAAUCCGAAAUUGAAGGAAUUGGAAAUAAUUUCGGACAUUCCUUUCGCUCCGGGAUCCCUUAAAACGUUCACCCGAAUGAUCAAUAAUUAUAAAAAUGUGACGUCUCUCACGAUUUCCGGCAUUGUUUUGUCGGAUAAGGAGCUGCAAAACAUUUUCCGUAUCAUGGAAAGCCUUUUAGAACUGACAAUCACGAAUUGCGAGAAGAUUUCCGACAAAGGAAUCACGGGACAAAUCUCCGGAGGCAAAACUAAAAAAUAUUCGCUACAAAAUUUGAAGGGACUUCGUCGAUUGUCGCUCUCGAAUUGUCAUCAGUUGACGGAUAAAUCGUUGAAAGAAGGUUUUGUGUUGUCAGAAUUGCGAUAUUUGGCGUUAAAUGGCACGACGAAGGUCACGGAGGACGGUGUCAAGGCUCUGGCGAUGAAUACUCCCGUGCUGGAGGAAAUAAUUUGGACCAAUCGGCAAUUUUUGGAGAAAUCGUGGAUGGAGACGUUCAAACAAAUGUUUAGAAGACUGAAGAAAAUCUCGAUAAAUGCCUCGUUUCAGGGCUCGAGUAUCAUGGAUGCAAUCGAUUUUCAGCCAAACGGGAACUUUUGCUUCCCCUUUGACAGAUAGUAGUACCUAGAAGUAGUUGUGAUGUGAUUAUUUUUAGUAUUAUUUAAUUUUUUCACUCGUAGAAUUAGAAAAAUAUUUUAGGACAAAUUUUUUAAGGCUUAAGAAAUGUCGAAACUAUCUCAGGGUAUUAUUGUUACGCACAAAAAAUGACUAUUUAUUCAGUAAAUAUAGAAUUUUUUACUCAAAUACGUCAUUUUUUGCACCA